AUGGCAAUGGACGGUCUCAUAGAUCUCAGCUGCAUAAAACAUAGCUGGGAAGGUGACUGCGACACUCCGCUGGGACUGGAGUCUGGAGCCAUCCCGGACUCGGCGCUCUCUGCCAGCUCCAGCUACGUUGGAAGCGUCGGGCCGCGCUAUGGCAGGUUGCGCAGCGAGCGCGGCGGCGGCGCGUGGUGCCCCAAGUCGCAGGUGUCGCGCGGGGUGCGCGAGUGGCUGUCGGUGGCGCUGGCCGGCGUGCACGUGGUGACGGCGGUGCACACGCAGGGCCGCUACGACCACGCGCGCGGCCAGGAGUACGCCGAGGAGUACUCCGUCGAGUACUGGCGGCCCGGCCUGCGCGACUGGAGGACCUACCGCCGCUGGGACGGCAAGCAGAUCCUGAGCGGAAACAGCGACACAGCCACGGUCGUGACGCACCGCCUGCUGCCCGCCAUCUUCGCCAGCCAGCUGAGGGUGUUGCCUUACAGCGUCCACCGCAGGACCGUCUGCCUGCGAAUGGAGGUCUCUGGUUGCCCCGCCACGGGAGGCGUCGUGUCCUACUCGAUCCCGGAGGACACGGUGGCGGUGUCGCAGGAGCUGUCGGACGCCACGUACGACGGGGAGCACCGCGGCGGCAUGCUGGUGGCCGGGCUCGGCCGCCUCGUGGACGGACAGCUGGGCGCCGACAACUUCCGCAUCGACGUCGGAUACGGCAGAGGUAACGGCUGGGUGGGCUGGACCAACGACUCCUACCCGAAUGGUUUCGUGGAGCUCCUUUUCGAGUUCGACCAGGUCCGCAACUUCAGCGCCGUUCAUAUUUUCACCAACAACUUUUUCAGGAAGGAUGUUCAGGUGUUCGGCCGCGCUCUGGUGUCGUUCAGCAUCGGCGGCUCCGAGUUCCCGGGGCGGCCGCUGAGCUUCACGUACAUGCCGGACCUGGCGCUGGAGAACGCGCGCACCGUCACCAUCCGGCUUCACAGCCGCGUCGGCCGCUUCGUCCGGCUGCGACUCUUCUUCGCCGCCCGCUGGAUCAUGAUCAGCGAGGUCUCUUUCGAAUCUGUUCCAGUGUUCGGAAAUUUCACUGAGGAACUCGAUAUCGAUUACGGUGACGAGGAAAUUGUUUUGGAUUCCAGAGAGGUCGUUGAGCCAGUCAGCAACAUAGAAACAAUCGCGGUGACAGCCGAGGUGGACGUCGGCGAAGGAGGCCACGUGGAGGUGGUGAUCGGCGUGCUGACGGCGGUGAUGCUGCUGCUGCUCGUCGUCUUCGUGGUGAUCCUGGCGCUCAGCAGGAGGCACAAGAUGCAGGCCGGCUCCUCACCCACGCUGCUCAGGAACCCGUUCAGCGGAGUCACCCUCAACAUGAAGGACCUGCUGCUGAGCCUGACGCCGGUGGCGAGCAGCGCAGUCCUUCCGCGAGACGCGCAGCACAGCCCCGACGUUCCGUCCGUCACACCGGACACCUCCAGCCGCAGCCGCUACUCUACGCUGCGCUCGCACGCCGAGGACGUGGACGGCGGGCUGCUGGGCCUGGGGCUGGGCCAGACGCCGCUGCACGCGCUGCUGCCCGCGCAGACCGCCAGCGCCGCCGUCGCGCCUCUCGUGCCCGUCGUGGACCUGCCGCCGCCCCCGCCGCUGGCGCAGACAGCGCCGCUGCCGCCCCCGCCGCCGCCUGAGGAGGACGCGUCCGAGGCCAGCACGGGCGCGGCGUCAGCAGGGGCGGGCCGUCAAUUCCACAGCCUGCAGCCGCCCCAGCACCGCACCGCCACCACCGGCCGCGGGCGAACCUCCCCCCGGCCACCUGCCUCUACGGCACCUGCAGCCACUGUUGACCGCCGCCGCUGCCACACCGCCCCCAGGGAAAACAGGAGGGCGCCGCCGGCAGUGACGUGGAACAUCGCGCCCAGCAUGGGCCGCCCCUACAAGUGCCGGGAGGCGGAGCUCACAGACAUCCCGCGCCGCUGCCUCAGGGUCGUCGAGAAGGUCGGCUCCUGCCACGCCGGAGAGGUGUUCCUGUGCGAGACGGAGGGCCUGCAGGAGGUGGUGCCGGACUGCGGGCGAACAGUGGCGGUGAGGACGCUGCGCGCCGACGGCAGCGGCGGCGGCGCUCCCGGCGCCUCUAGCGGCGACGCGCUGCGCGAGCUGCGGCUGCUGGCGGCGCUCAGCGACGCCCACGUGGCGCGCGUGCUCGGCGUCUGCGUGUCGCCCGACCAGCCUGCCUGCUGGGCCGUCGUGCAGUACCCGGAGCUGGGCGAUCUCGCGCUCUACCUCCAGUACCACGCCGCCACCAGGCCGCCGCUCAGCUAUGGGUGCCUCAUGUACAUGGCGACGCAGGUAGCCGCGGGAAUGAAGUACCUCGAGUCGAGAAACCUCGUUCACAAGGACCUGGCGGCCAGGAACUGCCUGCUGGGCCCCGGCUACGCUGUGAAGGUGGCGGAUCUGGCGAUGAGCAGCGACCUCUACAAGCGGGACUACUGCGACAUCGGCGGCCGGCCAGCGGCGCCCAUCCGUUGGCUGCCCUGGGAGAGCAUCCUGCUGGAUCGCUACACGCCAGCGAGCAGCGUGUGGUCUUUCGGUGUGACGCUCUGGGAGAUCCUGAGUCUGGCUGGUGAGCGGCCCUUCCAGCACCUGUCCAACGAGGAGGUCAUCCAGAAUGCCGAACACAUGUACUACGGCGGGGAGCUACAGGUUCUGCUGCCGAAACCAAACUUGUGUCCUGCGGAAAUCUACGAUCUGAUGUGCGAUUGCUGGAAGAGGGAUGAGGACGUUCGGCCCACAUUCAAGGAACUGCACGCCUUCUUAAGACUGAAGAAUGCUGGGUACAGACCUGGAGAGUGAUGGCCCAUUUCCGUCGAUUACUGACUGCUGGUAGCUGACACUUUGUUCAGCCAUUGUGUCUAUGGCUGGCUUAGUUUGAUUUGAAGCUCUUAAUGAUGUUUGACUGAUAUGAAACCAAGCGUUCAAAAGUUCUCCGAUCCCAGGAAAUUAUUUCUACAUUCAUUCCACGAACAGAACUGAAAAUGUCGCAUUCAACGCCUGGUCUAAUGCCAAAAUGAAAAGGUGAUGUUUUGCUACAGAUUUUGCGAGGCGAUAGAGCAAUUCCUGUGAUGGAAGUUCUAACAAUUUAAUAACAUUGCAGUCUUAGGCAUACGGGUGUGAAGAGUGUUCUGUUUUAUGUUUGAGUGAUAGACAUUAGACUAAAUUUUUAGAUCGAUUUGUAUGUUGUGGCAGAGGCUCCGAUGUGUAACAUAUCCCUAUCAAUCCUAUAAUUCAUAAGUGACAAAGUCGUUGUUUACCACAGUUCACGUUUGUGGCUAGUGCUUCCAGAUAUCUGAAUAAGUGACGUGUGCGUUACGACAUUCAACGACCGUGCUAUUCAGAUAAAGACGUAUUUUGUGUGCUAUUUUGGUAAAUGCAAUGUUACAAACUUUCUGAAAAGAGUCCAGGCGAAUAAAUGCAUCCAGAAGUAACCCGGCACAAGUAAACAGAAUAACGUAAAAUCAUCAACGCUUUUAAUAUAGUGAAUCAUACCUAUAGCACCCCACGUAAUGAGUAGCAACGAAUAUAAAUGAUUUUGCAACUCAGUGGAUACCAUUGUACAUACAGUUGAUUGCAGAGUAGUGCUGUACAAAUUUUGCGGGACAAUCAGAGGCUUCUUUAACCUAAUCCUUCACUCUGUACCUUCUCCUUCUACCUCAUUUCGCCGAAGUGAUCUUGUGAUAGUGCUAAUUCUAAAGCUGACAAGUAGAGCAAGAAUUUCUUCCGCUGAGAUAACCUAUUUAUCCUGUAAUAACCUCACAAAUUUUUAUGAAGAUUUUUCUAAUACGUCUCGUCUUAUUUUUGUAAUUGUACUUGGCGUAAUUUACUAUAUCACGUCUUCUGACGUGUGUAUCCAAUGUUACUUAUUUCAAUCGGCUAUUUUCGACGUAAUAAUGAAAUAUGUGGUUCCUCAAGCAAAAGGAAAUGCCAAAGGUACUAUUUCCUGCGCACGUAGCUUCCCUUACGCUUUCACGAUGGGUUAUUAAAAUAAAAAGUUAAGAACUGGGCAUUAAUGCAUAGCCUAGAUAAACGAAUAACACUCUCUACGGAUGUCGAAGGAAUUAAAAACUACUGAGCAUGUUGAAUCAGUGUUUACUUUUGUAGAUGGCUUACGCAGUUACACUGAUUGUAUCAUCUUUGAUGAAACAAUGUCAAAUGCUGACUUCUCACUUCGCGAAUCGUUUUCCACUACUUUCUUUCCACAUUCCGACGAAAAACUUUCUACAAAAAAGCAGUCUCGUUGUCUCGAAGUAACUCUACUUUUAAAAACGUUCAAUGUGUAAUGUGAAGAGUAUUUCAAUUCAGUGUGUCGAUUCAAUGAUUUUUAAACGUUUUUAAAUAUAUUUCCGCACAAGUAGGGCUAAGCAUGUACUUUAUGUUACUGCACGUCGAUUGUCAUCAGUGUAAACUAAAAUUUGUUUCUAUGAACUAGUUGUUGUUGUGAAGUGUUGAAGACUGCACGUAAACCACAGUAACAACGACAUCAGUAGGUGUGUGAGCUAUACGGAGUUAUGAGCUCUAGUUAAAACUAAAUAAUCAGCAUAUGAGGAAAUGAAAGUUUCCUUACGGAAACUUAAGCCAGAAAUGUAGAUUAUCUUUUCUUAACAUAGAUUUUUAUAAAUGAAACUACGUGAGUUAGACAAGUAUUUAUUGUAAGCAGUAUUAAUGAAAGUUGUUACCAUCAAACUCUUAUUGAUCAGUAAGUAAAAUUUUAAUUUACGAAUUCAGUUGAAAGUUGAUCAGCAGUAGCAGAAAUUAUUUAUCACUGCACUAAUGUUCUGCUUAUUUUUGUAUCCCUAAUGUGUGCUUGAUAUAAAAUAGAGUCCUUGUAGCAAAAUGGUGUAGUGCAAGGAGUCAGUAGGUUAGCGAGCAUGUAACAGAAGUCUGUCUGUUGGAAGUUGUAUUGUGAUAUUUUCUAUCGUGAAAACCUGUGAACACAUGUCAGAAUUGUGCAGACUUUUAUAUAUAAAUGAUAAACAAGACAUUAUUUGACUUUUUUCCCCCCACACAUUCCACCCUACUCUACUUCUUUUGAGUUACCAAGUUGCUUAA